GGUCUGAACACUUCAGGCCUAUCAAAUUUCCUCUGCUUUUUCGAGACGUGUAUGUUUCGUACUCUGGUCAGAAUGGCUGCAGAAACAGCUUCAAAGAGACUCAAAACGGAUCCGCUCCGGAUUGGCACUCACAAUGGGCAUUUCCACGCGGACGAGGCGUUGGCUGUCUACAUGCUCCGACUCCUCCCACAAUAUGCCUCUUCUUCCCUAGUCAGAACGCGCGACCCGGCACUUCUCGACACUUGCCAUACGGUUGUCGACGUUGGCGGAGAAUAUGACGCCUCGAAAAACCGCUUCGAUCAUCAUCAACGCACCUUUAAUAGUUUCUUCCCAGAGCAUCAGACGAAACUCUCCUCUGCCGGUUUAGUCUACAUGCAUUUUGGUAAAGCCAUCAUUUCGCAAUACACCAAACUUCCUCUCGAUCACCCAGAUGUGGAACUCCUCUACCGCAAACUGUAUGACGACUUUGUUGAGGCAGUGGACGCCAACGACAACGGCAUCUCACAAUAUGAUGAUGCCAAAUUGGCAGAAGCAGGAAUUGAAAAGAGAUUUAAGGCUGGCGGAAUCACACUUGCAAGUUUGGUGAAUGACUUGAAUCAUGAGGACCCAUUGGCUUUGGAUGCUCCUUCGAGAGAUACUUCAGAACAACCACAAGCAGAGGAGGAUUUCCGAUUUUCGCAAGCAUCUACACUCAUGGGUAACUCUUUCCUUCGGAAGCUUCACGGUGCGGCUACGGCUUGGCUUCCGGCUAGGACUAUCGUCAAGGACGCCUUUAGUGGGAGGAUGGACGCCCAUUCUUCUGGCCAGCUAUUGGUCUUGCCUCGUGCAGGCAUCCCGUGGAAAGAACAUCUUUACAACAUUGAAGAAGAAGCUGGAAUCUCUCCAGAACAGAAGAUACUCUAUGUUAUCUAUCCCGAAAAGGAGGAGCCCGGCUCCAAAUGGAGGAUCCAGGCAGUCAGCAAAGACAUGUCAUCAUUUGAGAACAGAAAAAGCCUGCCGGAGCCAUGGCGAGGCGUGCGGGAUGCCGAGCUUGAUGCCCUUCUGGGUGACAAGGUCGAGGACGGAGCUGUCUUUGUUCAUGCGAGCGGCUUCAUUGGAGGUCACAAGACCGAAGCUGGUGUGCGGGCCAUGGCUGCAUUGGCACUGGCAGCGUGAAGAUGAUGAUGAAGUCGAAGCAAAAACUUCAUUUCUGCAAUCCGUUCUCUACGAAGGAUGUUCUGUGGCCGUGUCUUUAGGUGGCACUCACAAAGCUGGCUGUUCGACCGCCGAAAUGACGGUACCCACGAGGGGUUGCCCGUAGGGUUUUGAAGUCAGCCAGUGGAGAGACCGGUCUUGAUGGGGAUCAAACUCCACGAAUUCAGGAAAGGGAGAACCGUUGAAGUGCGUCAAGCCCAGAGACGUAUUGCAACUCGUACAAAAAUGGGGCAAGUGAGAAAAGGCUUCCACCAACGAGGGAAAGGGAUCUUUGUAUCUUCAAGGCCAACGAUGCGAAAACAGAGAAGAAUUGAAAUACGACGGCGAAAAAGAUUGCAAGCCUUGUGCAAGGCUGAGGAUAAAAUAGGGGAUCAUGCGGAGCCCAGCUCCGCUCCAAGGCUUAUCGAUAGCGAUGAUGGCGAGAAAACAAGCCGUUACGUCACAAAGCUGUGAUAUUUCAACAGUCUUCAAUUAUAAAAUCUUCGAGCAGGAGCUCACACCUCAAUAUCUUCUCACACAGUCCUCAUUAUUCAGAUUUUCCAUUGUCCC